AUGGCUUCCUCGGAGCGGCAGCCCGGGACCCCUCCACCCCAGGAGUCGUGGCACCGCACCGUUCACCUCCUGAGGAAGAUGCGCUCGGAUGUCAGCAGCCUCUUCGAAUGCUACGUUGAGAAGCAAGAGCUGGCCCAACCCUACAACCUUGAUUUGAUCGAUGUUGAUUUGAUCGAUGGAGUACCUGUAGCUGACGUUGAAGAAUGGAGUGAGAUUUCAGAUGCUGAACGUCUGGGAAGCAACUUGCAAGCUUAUUGGGCAUUUCAGAUUCUGUUGGAUCAAAUCUUAGAAGAGCAGAGAACUGAUUUAACCCCAGAGGAUGUAGCUUUCCAUGAAUCUAUCCAAUCAGUUUUGCUGCAAGUUUCUGCUUUAGCUUACCAACUGGAGGAACUGAUGGUAAAGCUGAAGCACAAUGUGCCAGCCAAAGAGGUAAAAAAUACAACAAACCCUGAUGAAAAAAGCUUGUUUGAAAGGAAAAUAAGGGGCAUGAAGGUGCUACAGGAGCUUGUCCAAUGGACCGUCAGGUCAGUCCGAGACCUUCACAAAAUCUCUACAUCUGUUCAGGCAUCAUCCGCCGCACUUGAGAGUGACAGCCUGACUCAGGCCCAUGAAAAAUAA